AUGACCCUGGAUAUAUCUGCGAUCGGUUCUCAUAAAGUUAAAAGCAUUCCUAGUGGCGAGUCCGUGGAGCUAAAAAGUUUUUGGCAAGAACAAAAUGUAGCGAUCAUCUUUUUCCGCCGUUGGGGGUGCAUGUUUUGCAGGUUGUGGGCAAAAGAGUUGGGUGAAAUUGCUCCAGUUCUUAAGAAAAAUAAUAUAAGGCUUGUUGGCGUCGGCGUUGAAGAAGUGGGCGCUAAAGAUUUUAUCGAUGGAAAGUUCUUUGACGGUGAUCUGUAUUAUGUCGAAGAUAGAUCAACUUAUCAGACGCUUGGAUUCAAACGUUUUAACGUCGUUUCCAUAAUAACUUCCUUGUUCUGGAAACAGUCAAGAGAUGCCAUUUCUAAAGGAAGGAGCAUGGGUCUCGGUGGGGAUCUAAAAGGGGAUUGGGUUCAAACUGGUGGUUUGUUGCUCGUUGGAAAAGGCGGGAAACUCAUUCGCCAUUUUACUCAAACUGGACCGAGUGACCAUUUGUCUAACAAGGACAUUUUGAAGUUAUUCGAUUUGGAGAAUGAAUAUAAUGCUGAAACAAUGGCGAAUAAGAAAAGGGAAAAUCUGGAAUGCAAUACAGAGCCGUCUCCU